AUGUCGUUAUUGGGAAAAAAAAAAAACACAGCAGGCGUUGAAGCGUAUCCAUCUGGUCAAACUCAUUCUUUAUGGACAGACAUAACGGGUUACAAGCGAGUAACCUCAGUUUUUUCUGCUCAAGUAAACCAGCUGUGCUUAAUGAAAAAAAUUAUUGUAAUUAGAAGAUGUUUAAACAGUAUGUCAUUAUUGAAAAAAAAAAACACAGUAGGCAUUGAAGCGUAUCCAUCUGGUCGAACUCAUUCUUUAUGGACAGACAUAACGUCCCCACUUAUCCAGACGAAUGACCUCA